GUUCACUGCCAUGUAGCAAUGUUACCUGUGUUCAAGGCCCAAGCCUCUUUUUCGUAAACGAUGGCUGCACCAAAUUCCCUCCUCGACGCCUUGAUGGUGGAGGUUGAGGCCCAAGCUGAAUCUCAAACUCAGUCGGCAGCCCAACCUCAACCCGCUCACCUCGAACACGACACCGAGUCUCUGAAUAACCCUCCUGCUCAGUCUGCACCCGUUGAGGUCGAACCGCAAGAUGAUUCUGAAGUCACUUCCACCAUAGUGCCUCCGUCACUCGACGAGAAGGCUACUGAGCCGAGCCCUACGAUCGCCAUUCCCGGUUUAAUGGCCGAGAAUUUAGUUGCCAAUAACCCGGGUUCAGUUAUGGACACGAUGCCUUCGGGGCAUGAAGAAAUUGCAGCAACGGAAGAACAGAACCUGCAACAAGAACCUGAUACAAACCCACUCGCUGCCGACCAAAAUAAUUCCUCAAGCCACGACAACGUCCAGGCCGCCGACAUUGAGCAAGGCGCGCCGCUGUUUCCAUCCUCGCACGAUUUAGAUGUCCCGACAACGGGAUCCUCUUCAGACGAAGAGAAGAAGGGCACAUAUCCUCCUCCUGCCGAAGCUUCUCAGACGGGUGAAGCAUCCGAAAGCACAUUGCAAGGUACUGAGGUCAUGGAAGAUGUGGAUAGCUCUACACGAACAGCAGAGGCCAACACUACCACAGUGGCUUCCAACCUAGGCAAUCAAGCCGAUGUUGAAUUUGUGAUACCACCUACCGCUCCAGAUGCAACUAUGGACAUGGCUCCAGCAGAAGGGGGGGAAGGCGCAGAAUGGGAAGUCGAUUCUUCUCCUUAUCAGAGUUCCGACUCCGACUCUUCCGACACCACGUCCUCUGAAGACGAAGACGGAGACUAUGCAAUGCUCGACCCUGAAGAAGCAGCUCGGAUUCUCAUGCAAGGUGACGGUGGAUCAGACGACGAAGGAGGUGGAUCAAAAGACAAAUCAGGUGGGACUGCUUUGCGUACUGCCAACGAGCGGUUUGAGGAAAUCAUCCCAAAGCCUGAUAUUACAAUCACCGAGGAAAUGGCAAUCGAGGAGCUGGGCCACGUGGAAUUUAUCGUGGAAAACACAGUGGUGAUCAAAGCCAAAACUUCAGGAGAGUAUCAGGUUUUGGAGACCAAUUCUCUCCUUUGUCUCAAAGACAGAACUGUACUUGGUGUGGUCGCAGACUUGAUAGGACGAGUCGAAGAACCGCGGUACACGCUUCGCUUCACCAACGACCAAGCAAUCCAGGAGGCAGGUGUCUCUGUUAUUGGGACUGAGAUCUACUAUUCCCCGCAGCAUUCGACAUUUGUCUUCACACAGCCUCUCAAGGGUGUCAAAGGUAGUGAUGCCUCGAAUUUCCACGACGAGGAAGUUGGUGAUGAUGAGAUGGAAUUUUCUGACGACGAGGCUGAGGCUGAACACAAGCGAAACCUGAAGAUGAAGAGACAGGGCCGUGCGGCAGAAAGCGGGAGAGGACGUGGAGUUAAAUCCCAACGUGGGGCGAAUCGAGGCGGUCGUGGCGGUCGAAAUGACCGUGGUCAACAGAACAAUCCUGGUGCCAACGACUUCCAUACACCAGAGAUGAAUUAUGACGAUGUGUCGAACCCCGGUGGCGGUGAUGAUGAGUACACACCUCUUCAACGGCCAUCAAAUCUCUUCGAAAUGAUGGUCAAUGGACCAUCUGCGAUGCAACAUCCUCUACCACCUCCACCUCCACCAUCUGCAUUUCCACCAAACAGGGGCGAUUUCGGUGGCCGCGGUCGAGGCUCUAAUAGAGGCGGUCGAGGACAGAGACAACAUCAUCAGAAUCGAGAUCAACGCGGAGGAAUGAACCAGAGCGGCGGACCGUCAUGGAACCAGACCAACAACAACAGAUCCUCGUCAAGUCACAACGACUAUCCAUUCCAAAACGCUUCAGUCAGUCACCCACCUCAACUAUUUCUUCCAACUACACCAUCACUUCCACCACACAGUUCGGGCUAUCAACACAUGUCGCCAUCUCCCAUCACUCCUCUACCGAAUUCAUCUUUCAACUUCACUGCUGGCUUCCAACCCCAUCAAAAUUAUCCCUAUAUGAACCCUCAAAUCCCCGGUCUCUCUGCCCCUGUUUUACAACAAAUCCAUCAACAAUUUCAACAGCAUCAACAACAGCAGCAGCAGCAGCAGCAACAUACUAAUCAAUACCCGCAGUUUCCGCCUAUGCCGCAGCAACCUCAGCAGGGGCAACCACCAAAUCAAUACCAAUAUCAGAAUCCAAAUCAGAACUCCUCACAAGAUCCCAAUCAGAAUUGGGGAAGGAGAUGAUGAUAAUGAUACAUACCUACUUAGCUCGGUGUCUUAUGUACGAGUCGGUCUUCUUGUAUUAAUAAAUAUACCCACCCACACACAGAGUCAUUUCGAUGACACAAUCAUGAGUUGCCGUUCAGUUCUGCGUGAUUGCUUUCUGGCGACUGGGCUGCUAGUCUUGAAAAAUGAGGAGUUUCAAAAUCAAAUGAAGUGAUGUCUCAAGCCGAAUGAUGCCCAGGGCCACAAGUUCUUUGAGUACCAAGGUAGUAGUGC